GCAACCUCAACAAGGCAGAGACAGCAAGAACCACCAGUCAAAACAAAGAGUGAAGAGCAAAGCCAACACUGAAGGAGAAACACAGUCGAUCUUCAGCUGAGAAGCUUUUUUAAUUUUUUGUGUCAGAAUAUUUGUUCAUUUCAGGGCUUUGUUUUUGUUGCUACAACUUGCAUCAGUCUACAGACAAUCUCAUCAUGAGAUUCUGUGCUUUAGCUGUGUGUUUCAUUUUGGGGAUAAGUAUUCAGGAUGGAUGGAGCCUUCCCCUCAAGUCUGUUUUUGUCACCUUCCCUGGAGACAUCAUCAAAAACAUGACAGAUAUGGAGGUGGCAGAAAGUUAUCUGGAUAAGUAUGGCUACACGAAGAAAGAGUUUCGCAGUGGCUUCCAGUCUAUGGUAUCCACUUCCAAAGCUUUGAAGAUGAUGCAGAGGCAGAUGGGGUUGGAAGAGACAGGAGAGCUGGACAAGCCCACCCUGGACGCCAUGAAACGGCCUCGCUGCGGGGUUCCUGAUGUGGCCAACUACCAAACAUUUGAAGGAGACCUCAAAUGGGACCAUCACGACAUCACUUAUAGAAUUCUGAACUACUCUCCAGACAUGGGGAGCUCACUGACUGAUGACGCCUUCGCUAGAGCCUUCAAGGUGUGGAGUGAUGUGACCCCUCUGACUUUUACUCGCCUCUUUGAUGGGACGGCUGAUAUCAUGAUAUCAUUUGGAAAAGCCAACCAUGGAGACCCAUACCCAUUUGAUGGUAAGGAUGGCCUUCUGGCCCAUGCUUAUCCACCUGGUGAGGGUAUCCAGGGAGACGCCCACUUUGACGAUGACGAGUACUGGACUUUGGGGAAAGGACCAGUUGUGACGACCAGCUAUGGGAAUGCGAAUGGUGCUCUAUGCCACUUCCCCUUCACUUUUGAGGGCAAAUCCUACACCACGUGUACCACUGAUGGCCGUGAAGACAACCUGCCAUGGUGCGCCACCACAGCAGACUACACCAGAGACAAGAAAUAUGGCUUCUGCCCAAGUGAACUUUUGAACACAUUUGGAGGAAACGCAGACGGUGCUCCUUGUGUCUUCCCCUUUGUCUUUCUGGGGAAUAAAUAUGACAGCUGCACAACAGAGGGCCGCAAUGACGGCUACCGCUGGUGUGCCACCACAGACAACUAUGACAGGGACACAAAAUAUGGAUUCUGUCCCAGUCGUGACACUGCUGUAAUUGGUGGAAAUUCAGAAGGAGAGCCUUGCCACUUCCCCUUUGUGUUCCUGGGUAAAACGUACGACUCCUGCACUAGUGAGGGGCGAGGAGAUGGCAAGUUGUGGUGUGGUACCACUGCCAGUUAUGAUGAUGACCAGAAGUGGGGCUUCUGUCCUGACAGUGGUUACAGUCUGUUCCUGGUGGCAGCCCAUGAAUUUGGACAUGCCCUGGGCCUGGAUCACUCCAACAUAAGAGAUGCUCUCAUGUACCCCAUGUACAGCUAUGUGGAAGACUUCUCCCUGCAUAGAGAUGACAUUGAAGGCAUUCAGUAUCUCUAUGGAAGCAAAACAGGCCCUGAUCCCACCCCCCCUCAGCCUGACACCCCCACCACUGACUCCUACCCAGACCCUGAUGAGACUGAAGCUACAGAUGAACCUGAACCCACUGAGCCCACCACCACUGCCACCCCACAUCCUGUGGAUCCAACCAAAGACCCCUGCAAGUUCACCAAAUUUGACACCAUCACUGUGAUUGAGGGAGAACUGCAUUUCUUCAAGGAUGGAAAUUACUGGAAGACGUCCAGUAGGAGUGAUGCAGGACCCAAGGGACCAUUUGCUGUUUCUGAGAAGUGGCCUGCUCUGCCAGCAGUCAUUGACUCUGCUUUUGAGGACCUUCUGACCAGGAAAUUGUACUUCUUCUCAGGGACCCGAUUCUGGGUGUACACAGGGAAGAGUGUGCUGGGGCCCCGCAGCAUAGAGAAGCUUGGCCUCCCCAGCAGCAUUCAGAAGGUGGAGGGGGCACUGCAGAGGGGGAAAGGCAAAGUCCUGCUCUUCAGUGGAGAGAACUUCUGGAGGCUUGAUGUGAAGGCCCAGAGCAUUGACAAAGGGUACCCCAGAUACACAGAUGUUGUCUUUGGUGGUGUCCCCAGUGAUGCUCAUGAUGUAUUCCAGUACAAAGGUCACUCCUACUUCUGCCGGGACCGCUUCUACUGGCGUAUGAACUCUCAAAGGCAGGUGGAUCGUGUUGGCUAUGUGAAAUAUGACCUCCUCAAGUGCUCAGAUUCUUCAAGCAUUCGCUACUGAGGAGAUGAACACACUGGGAUAAGCUGGAAAUUGUCUGUAAUGUGGUAGCACCUACUUAUCCCUUCUGUGCAAGUGACAGGGAGAAUAACAUGCAGUUAUUUGUGUAUAGCACCUGUUGUAUGAUGUGUGUGCUUUGAUGUGAAUAAUUGGUCAUCGUUGAUGUUGGCUAAGUCUAAAAUAUACAGCACUGGCCUAUAAAUAGCUUGAGUUAAAGGCCUGAAGGAAAGCAGAGCAAACUGCAAUCUCUGUCACUGCCCUGCCCUCAGUCUGAUCAUCUGUGAACUAAUAGGUUAUGAUGGUCUAAAGAUCCAUAAUCACAAUAAAAAUAUUCCCAAAAGCAAACUAGAUUUGCUAAUUAACUCCUUUGUGUCUGACAGGCUCAGACUCUUUAACAGUAUUGGAUUAUUUUGGUAUUUAUAGCAAUAUCUAAUAUUAUUUUUGUGUCCUAAAGCUUGUUUUUUUGUAUAAUUCUGUGUAUUUCUGAAAAUGGCUUCAAAGCCAAUUACUUGCACUGGAAGACAAUGCAUGUCUCCUUCACUGAAAUUAUUUAUGAGUGAUGCGUUUUGUAUUUAAGUUUUAACUUUCAAUGCAAUAAACAUUCAAUGAGAACUACCUA